CGCCGUGCGUGCAAGCGCCGAGGGCGGGAAAGCUGAGGUGGGGCAGUGGUAAAGGCGGAGGAUGCCGCGGCGUCAGAAUGAUGGAAUUCUCGGAAAGAGGGGAAAGCGGUAGCUCUCUACACUCGGAUAAGAGUGAGCCCUGCUCAAGAGGCCUCUUAGUGACCUCCGAUAUUCGAAGUCCAAAACCGGCCUUCAGUACCCGGCCUCGUAGCGCGGCGUGGAGGCCCAACGAAUGCCUCGUUUCCAGCACGCGGUGUUGGUACCUUCUACAGGACAUUCCUUUGAAAGUAUUAGAGUUCACAGACAGCUUGAAGCAGACAUCCCAACUCUGUGAACUUCAGCUUGGGCAUAAAUUUCAGGUUGGCUUCCUAACAUUAAAGAGAAAAUGCUGCUAUCAGUGACUUCCAGGCCUGGGAUUUCGACUUUUGGCUAUAACAAAAACAACAAGAAGCCAUAUGUGUCAUUGUCUCAGCCAAUGGCACCACCUAGUCCAAGCAACAGUACCCCUAACAGCAGCAGUGGGAGCACUGUAAAUGACCAGCUGAGUAAAACCAACCUCUACAUCCGGGGAUUGCAGCCAAGCACUACAGACCAGGACCUAGUCAAGUUGUGUCAGUCAUAUGGCAAGAUUGUCUCCACUAAGGCCAUACUGGACAAGACCACAAACAAAUGCAAAGGCUAUGGCUUUGUGGACUUUGACAGUCCUUCAGCAGCACAGAAAGCUGUAACAGCACUGAAAGCCAGUGGUGUGCAAGCACAGAUGGCAAAGCAACAGGAGCAGGACCCCACAAAUUUAUACAUCUCAAACCUCCCGCUGUCAAUGGAUGAGCAAGAACUGGAGGGAAUGCUGAAGCCCUUUGGCCAGGUUAUUUCCACUAGAAUCCUUCGAGACACCAGUGGGACCAGCAGAGGCGUUGGCUUUGCAAGGAUGGAGUCCACAGAGAAGUGUGAAGCCAUCAUCACCCACUUUAAUGGAAAAUAUAUUAAGACACCCCCUGGAGUACCAGCCCCAUCUGAUCCCUUGCUUUGCAAAUUUGCUGAUGGGGGUCCAAAGAAACGACAGAACCAAGGAAAAUUUGUGCAGAAUGGACGGGCCUGGCCAAGGAAUGGAGACAUGGGUGGUAUGGCCUUGACCUAUGACCCCACCACAGCUCUUCAGAAUGGGUUUUACCCAGCUCCUUAUAACAUCACCCCCAACAGGAUGCUUGCUCAGUCUGCACUGUCCCCGUAUCUUCCAUCUCCUGUGUCUUCAUAUCAGAGAGUAACUCAGACAUCUCCUCUACAAGUACCUAACCUGUCUUGGAUGCACCACCAGUCAUACCUCAUGCAGCCUUCAGGUUCAGUUCUGACACCAGGAAUGGAUCAUCCUAUUUCUCUCCAGCCUGCCUCCAUGAUGGGACCUCUUACCCAGCAACUGGGCCACCUCUCGCUCAGCAGCACGGGCACAUAUAUGCCAACAGCUGCAGCUAUGCAAGGAGCGUACAUCUCCCAGUACACCCCUGUGCCUUCUUCCAGUGUUUCAGUUGAGGAGAGCGGCAGCCAGCAAAAUCAAGUGACGGUGGAUGCUCCCUCAGACCAUGGGGUCUAUUCUUUCCAGUUCAACAAGUAACAGUGGAUUUCCCUCCCCAUCUUUGUUGAGUAUAUAAAUGAAUUCUUGGAGAUGCUGAUGCUCCAGACUCCAGAGGGCUGACCAGGAAUACAGCCCCUCUGUGGGCCCAGCUGAGGACUAACACUUGGUCAUCGGUUUUCACAGGCCUGGGCCUGGAAAAAGAAGUCUCUGCACUCCUGCCCUCUGCUCUUGCUCCACUCCUGGUGGAGCCUGGAGGAACUGUCACUUUUUGUGUGUGCUACAGUCGAGGAGACCAAAAAGACUUCUUUUAUUUUGUGAAGAAAGUUUUUUGUUUUGUUUUAAACUGCAAUAUACUCUUUCCCUACCCCAAAGAGACACGGUGCCUGGAGCUUGUUCUCAUCUUUAUGAAAAACAGUUUUUGAUGUGUUGGACUUAUUUGGGAAGGCUUUUAAAACAAAUUAUUUUCUUAAAAGAAAAAGGUGUGGUGCUAGAACACUGAUGGAGUCCUACUGUGGGCCCUACUUACUGAGUUUAGUUAUGGACCUUUUGGCAGGGGUGUAAGAAAACAUGCAGACUUUUAAAGUUUUGUUUUAUAAAGCUCUUAGAUCACACAUCCCAUCUCUUCUUCACAUACAUUUUAUGCCUUCUCUCUCUCAUCCAGAGUGUUCUUUUUCUCUUUUCCAUACAGCAGAACCUGCCUACUUUGCCUCUUUAAGUUUUUAGUUUUGUGAAUUUCUUUUUUGAAUGAAAUUUCAUAUGGAAUUUUGGGGGGCUGGGCAAGGAACAAGGUAGAACACUAAGCAGGCAGUGGAAGUGGCUUUUCCUCCCUCUGACCUGCCACGUCCUAGGAGGAAAGACUAGACUUUGCCCUCCGGAAGCAGAGAUGUGACCUAGGCUCACUAAGGAGACAAUCCCACAGCCUCAGGAAGCCAUCCUUGAUCCAAAUUCAGAUGAAGACUAGGUUUUCCCUGGCAAGUUCCAGAGGAGUGGACCUACUGACUUCUGACUAACUCUUCUCACUGCCGAGGCCAACACCACACCCUCUGAGAAAAUGUCUUCCCCUGUUACAGCUUUUCAGGAAUACCUGCUUUUCUGCUUCCUAGAGGAUCUUUUCUGCCCUGGGUCUCAGGGCCCCUCUCUUCCCUGUCUCACAUGGUUGCUGUGCUCAGGGCCUUUGCAUUUGUGACCUUGCUGAAUCCAUCUAGGCUCCUUCCCCACCACGGACAAUCAGCUGCUUUGCCUCCAGACCAGCGAGUCUCAAAGAGGCGGUUUUGUCGCCUAGAGGCCAUUUGGCAAUCUCUGGAGACACUUUUGGUUGUCGUGCCUGGGGGUGGGGCUGUGUGCUACUGGCAGCUAGUGGCUGGAGACCAGGGAUUCUGCUAAACACCCUGCAGGGCACAGCAGAGCCCCAGCUCCCCCAGCAGAGAAUUGUCUGGCUCAAAAUGUCAGUAGUACCAAGGUUAGGAAACCUUGAUGUAGACAGUGUCAUCCCUGCCUCCUGUACCAGAGGACUUGGUAAAUUCCCAUCCCCACCCUGGACACAUGGCGCCUUUUGACACUCAGGCAGCUAGUUGAGAGGGACAGAACUGAGGUUCUUGAAUUUUUCCCAGGCUUUGACCUUUGGCACAUCUGUGUACAGCAAGAGCUGUCCUUGAAAGGCUUGUGCCAUGUGCACACACACAUCCAGAGGGAUAGAGGUGGGGACUGUUCUGUGUGUGUGUGCCGUGAAGAGGCGAGAAAGGACAAAGCUCUUUGUAACUGUCCAGAGCAACCUGCCCUAGUGUGUUUGGGCCCCUUUUCCAGGGAAUCAGGACAUCAGAAAUAAUCUUCCUGCUUGUGGAAGGACAGCAGGGAGCUGGGAUAGAAAAGGGCCAUAAACCCCAUCUCACUAUUUAGAAGGUCAGGAGUCCUUCAAAAAAAGGCUAUAAUUUGCUCUUCAACUCCAUCACCUUCUGCAAGACCUGACUGUGCACACGGAGACAGAUAGGAGGAAGCCUUUGUCCAUCUUCUAGGAAAUAAGAUCCUGCACCUGUCUCUUCCCAGUCACUCCCUUAUGCACUGAAAGGAGAGUUCUGCUCCCCUUCACUUCAAGGUCAGGUGCCUUUCCACCAAUCAGACAGAAAGCCAAAUGAUGGAGAAUGGAGAAACAGGUGUUCAGUAGGCUGGCUGUAGGGAGAGGAAGGAGAUGCUACUGGGCGGGAAGAAGCUGUAUUAUCAGUUGUUGUACCUAGAGCUUGGGCCUAGCUUUCCCUCCCCUCCACCCAUCCCAGAGUUGAGAGUCCUAAUGCUCCCUACCCAUAGAGUGUCCUUUUGUACAUCCUGGGGUUAAGGGAGUAGGGGUAGGGGACAAUAGGUAGGAUGUAAAGUAUAAAGGAUAAAAUUGCCACUAUUCAUUUUCUCACGGGUACUUCCAACCUCAGGAAGGGUUUAUCUGAUGUAAAACAGCCCCAAACCGAGUAACUUUAUAGAAGGUUUUGCCUGGGCAGGUAUCUCUUGUUUCUGAGUCUCUACUCCUUAGUCAAGGAAAAUACACCAUAUGUUUCUUGUCAGUGGCCUUGAAGAAAAGGAGAAAAAUCUAGAAUCCUGUUCAUUUAAUUAAUAGUAGUUUGGGGAGCCUUGCUUUGCUAGGAGGCUUAGUGAAAUGAGGGCCUUUCAUGUGUAGAAACUGUUGAUGUCACUGCUGCCCUCCUCUGCCUCCCAGAAUUCCUGGUUCUGUCUACUUUCUCUGUAUUUAAAUGUUUAAAUGGCUGUAAUUUUGCUUUGUUUUGUUUUAAAAUUCUGAAGUUACCUUUUGUGUGUUCUCAUGUGAAUCUGCUUAAUGGAUUUUAUUAAUGGGUGUUUCUGGUUUGGGCAGGUUUGGGCAUGGGAAGUGACGGAGAGCCGGAAGUUAUUUUUGUAAUGGUUAAUGGCAUCGUGGAACUUUGUUUGGGCCUUUUUGGGUUACACUCAUUAUACUUUUUGCCUAAUUGUUAGUUCAUUUCUAACAGUUCGUAACGUGGGUGAGUGAUUGGAAAAAGGAGACAAGGAAUGAGGGAUACUUUUUCUCCCAUGAAAUAGCCCCAUUGGUGGCAGUGGUGGCAGAGGAAUUGUAGGGGGAGCCUUCAAGCUCACAGCCUAGGGCUGGGCUCUUUAAACACUAUGCUAGUGUUUUCUGAAUCCUGUAUUCAUGGAGCCAGGUCAUAACUCUCUCUGUACUUCAUAUCUCACCCCCCACUCAUUACAGAUGCUCAUAACAUUCUUAAAAUAUUUUAGUACUUUGUAUUUUUCUCUUUUCAGUCAAAUAGAACAUACUAGAUCCCUUUCUCAGAUGAUACAAUCCUUUACUAGCCUCAGAGCCUGCCCAUCCCAUCUCAUGCGGUGUUAUUACUGCUCCUCUCUCACUCUGAGAUGAUACUCAGCCCCGAGGCUGAUUAGAGUUUUUGGAGGAGGGUGUGGUCGAGGUUAGGGAAGAUGUGGGAAUGAUGAUGGGGAGAGAUGUUAUUUUUAAAGUGUGUUUUUAACCAAAGGAUUUGAAGAGUUGCCUAGACUAGGAAGCCUGGUGACUCUGAAGAGGUAAUAAAUAGCCCUUGUCAGUAACAGAUGGGGGUAGUAGGGGGACAUUACUUGCACUCAGUGUGAGGACUGUGCUGCUCUACUGACCAUCCCUGGAUUGGGCCGCCUCAGCCCAGUUCCAUUCUUCUUUCCUAACUUACUGAUCAGUGAGCUCAUUCAGCCCCUUCGUGCCUGCCUGCAUUGCUUAUUCCCUGCUGCUUCAGUGUCUACUGUUUGGGGACCUACAUGUGGGUUGUUACUUUGCUCCACAAAGGUGAGGUGAGAGGCCUUGCUGGAAUGGAAUGUUGCAGGGAUCCCCACAGAAUCAUCUUCUAGGGAAAAAAAAAAAAAAAAAAAAUCGUUGCUGUUCUCUUAUGCACGCUCUCUUAGGGCAAUAAACUUGGGUCAGUGAUCAGAUCUAAACUUGUCCUCAGGCUCUGCUAGACCAGCUUCAUUCGGAGAAGAGGGUGGGUAUUAUGAAAGCUAGUCUGUAAGGGCUAGGUCUUAAACCUUGGGCCUUGUCACACUGGUCCUUCCUGAUUCCCUCUUAAACCAACUACUCCAUUUCUAUGCUACCUGCAUUUUAGGUCUUUCCAAGCAUUAGCAGAUCCCUCAUUUACUCAGCUUUUACUCCUUCCUUUCGUAGGAGGGUCUUCCUCCAACAGCUGAGAUGGGCCUGAGAGCUCUAUCACCCUUCUCGUCUUUGCUGAAUUCUGCUGCACCUCCCUAGGGGUGGUCCCCACAUGACUGUAGUAAUGAGAAAGCUAGGUGCCCUCUCACCCCAGUUACCACUGCUCCUUCUCCCUGGCAUGUCCACGUCUGUUUUGAAUGAAUCUUCAUUCUCCAGGUGUAUCCCAGAACUUUCUUGUCUUUGUUAAAGACCUACCUCACAGUUUCACAAUUCAACACGGGCACCUGGUUCACUUCUUUCCUUCCUUUACUCUGUCCUUGCCUUCAUGGGGGUUAGGAAGAUGGGGGCUACAAAGGUCUCACGAUCAAUUGCAAAAUCUCUUGGUUAUUUGUUUCUGGAAUGUCUUCUUUGAGAUUUUUACCUCCUUUAUCACCCUAGAAUAGUGUGAACUCUUCCGUUAGGUCUUGCUGUGGUAUGCCAGGAGGAUAGGCUGAGUAAUGAGUGCUUAGAAUAUUCAUUAAUGCUUGGGAGCCACCCCCAGGAACACCAACAUGGGAGCAGAGCUCAGAACUUGAGAGGAUAAGAGUUUGCCAGUGGCUGCCAUGAGCUGAGAAGGUAAACAUGCACCAGGGAGGGCAUCUGGGAUUUUUAUAGGGCUGAAAGCAGAGAUGCUCCUUCUCCACCUAUUCCAGUUAGUUUAGAGGGUCACCAAAACAAAACUUCCAGCCUGGGGUGUGAUAAGCUUUCCUAGCCUGAGUAAAGAAAAGUUCUUGCCCCAUUACUGGUGUCCACAUCCCCCAACACACACAUUUUUUUUCGGGUGGCAAGUGCUCUCUAGCAUGCACUUAUCACCUUGGACGGGAAAUAAGUUUAAUUUAUACUCAAAACACAUUUUUUCUUUAUCCAGAGGUGUCCAGUUUUAUACUCUUGCCACGUCUGUGCCAAUGCUACCCAUUCUUCUGACUCUUGGUAUUCACUUGUUCCUUCCCUACAAUUGGGUAGAACUUUGUCUUAUUUCAACUUUUGAAAUAAAACACAAAAGUCUACCUCGUGGUGUCUUAUCCAUGAUUGGAAGCUGGGAAGGUGGUCUUGAGCACAUAUAUUUGCUAUAUAAUGGGAACACAGGUGGCAGCUUAGGAAGCCAAGGCCAUGUCUCACAAGGCAGGAACUAGGGACACUUGAAUCCUUUGUUUUAGCACCUCAGCCAGGAGCACCUGUUCCACCCACAUAAGCACAAAUUCUGCCUUGGAUGCCUCUUGCACAG